AUGCAAGCACUCCCCCGACCUGUGCUUCGUGUAACCACCAACCUACCAUUUCUCCGAGCUUUCUCUGUCGCUCCGACUAUUAUGGCUGCGGGUGAUCUAGGCUCGACGAAGCCCAGAGGCUACAUGGCGGAGAAAGACGCAUUUACCAAACGUGAAGCCGCUCAUGAAGGUAUUUACAUUAAGCAGCUUGAGUUGGACAAGGUCCAGCGCCUUCGGGCGAAGUUGAAGGAGCAGCGCAAGCAUAUGGAUGAGCUGGACAAGCAUCUGGACGAGUUCACGAAAUCUCAAGGCGGCGAACAAAACUAA